AAUUAAUUGAUUAAUUUUUAUUUUUCCCUCUUAUCGUUGCGCUCCGAUGCGGUGAGAUUAGGGUAUCCUCGCACCACCUGCGGGACGGCGGGAGAUUCCGAGAGGAGAUCGGCGAUAUAACUGGAGCUACCCAGUCACCGCCGUAGCAGCAAGAUGAUGGAUGGUAAUCCCCACAGUGACAAUGGAUUGAUAGAACACCAAGUGAACAUCGAGGAUGAUAGCAUUAACUUCUGGACAACAUUGGGCGUAAGUCCUCAUGUCCAUGUUGUAGAGACUGAGCAUCACCUUGUUAGUCAGCAUCACCACCACCAUAUAGAGCAGCCGCAGCCGCCUCCGCAGCAUCAACAGCAGCAACAGCCUUUGGAGUUGUUGGAGCAGUCUGUUCGAAGGGAGCUUUUUGCGGUGGAAGCUGAUCCGAGACUAGAACCUUUUGUUGGGAUGGAGUUCGAGUCUGGUGAGGCUGCAAAGACUUUCUAUAUAGCUUAUGCUGGACGUAUAGGCUUCUCUGUACGCGUUGCUAGGUCAAGGCGUUCAAAAUGCAAUGAAUCUGUCAUAAUGCUGCGUUUUGUGUGCUCAAGAGAAGGGUUCAGCAGAGAGAAACGUAUUAUUGUUGGCAAGAAGACUAGGAAACGAGCUGCAUCAAUUCGAGAAGGAUGUAAGGCUAUGCUCGAGGUGAUUAGAAGAGGAGAUGAAAGGUGGGUGGUGACAAAGCUAGUGAAAGAGCACAAUCAUGAAGUUGGAAUGCCAAGCAGAGUGCAUUACAUUGCUACAGAAGGAGAUACGCUGAUGGAUCCCUAUAUCGGUAUGGAGUUUGAAUCUCUUGAGAUUGCCAAGACGUUUUAUUAUGCAUAUGCAAGCCGCUUGGGAUUUGAGGCUCGUGUUCGACAAUCGCGCCGUUCAUUGCAUGAUGAAUCCCUCAAAAUGUUGAAACUUGUUUGUUCAAAGCAUCGCUACCAUUCUGGAAGGGAUAACGGUAAUGAUGACAACAAGAGGGUACAGAUUCAAGAUCUAUCAAAAGAAGGUUGUGAUGCAUUAUUUGAAAUAAUACGGAAGGAUGGCGACAUUUGGAUGGUUUCGAAACUUGUACUGGAGCAUAAUCAUGAGCUGAAGCCUUCUCCACCAAGCAAGGUUCGAUGUGUUCGUUCACAAGGAGAGAUACUUGUCAUUGCUAAAAACUUUUCUGAUACUCGCAAUCUUCUAUUGAAUGGUCAAGACUCGCAAUACCCUAGAGAGAUUCAUUACAAUGAUUUGGGUCCAGAAGAUGUGCAAAAUCUGCUUGAAUAUUUCAAGAAAACACAAUUAGAGAACCCUGCCUUUUAUUAUGCAGUACAGAUCGAGAAUAAUAACUGCAUGACCAACAUCUUUUGGGCUGACUCCAAAGCUCGAAUGGCUUACUACUACUUCGGUGAUGCUGUCAGAUUUGAGACUAUGUACAGAAAUGACAAGGAGUUGAUUCCCAUUGUCAUGUUCACAGGCGUGAAUCAUCAUCUUCAGCCGAUCAUAUUUGGAUGUGCUCUGCUUGUAGAUGAAACUGAGGCAUCACUUACUUGGCUCUUGGAGCAGUGGCUUGCAGCGAUGCCAGCAAUGCCUCCUGUCUCAUUGGUUACUGAACUAAACAGGACACUUUCAUCGGCAGUUGCUAAGGUAUUACCACAAACUUGCCAUUGUUUUUGCAAGGUGCAUGUCUUAAGCUCGAUCCAGGAAGAAUUGUCUGAUUUAUUUUCAGGGCAUGUCCCUUUUGAAAGUGAACUUAGAGUAUGCAUCGACGAGUGUGAAACAGUUGAAUCAUUUGAGUCAUGCUGGGAUGCCAUUGUAAAUAGGUAUGGCCUGAAGAAUAAUACUUAUAUGCAAUCAUUGUACAGUAUCCGCCAUCAAUGGGCCCCUGUAUUCACGAAACAAACAUUUUUAGCAGAAAUCCAAGGGUCUAGAAGAUAUGAAAUUUUAGACAAAGUUAUUGAAAAAUAUUUUACAAUGAAAACUCCAUUACGGGUGGCAGUUAGGCAACUUGCUCAGACCCUCGCGACUCAAUAUGAAAAAGAAGCACAAGCAGAGUUUAUUACAUUGUUUGAGAAGCCAUUUCUGAGAACUGCCUCACCAAUGGAAAAGCAGGCUGCUGGUAUCUACACAAGAACUAUUUUUGACAGGUUCCAGGAAGAAUUUGUUGAAUCUUUGGGUUAUCACGUGGACAAGAUAGAUGAUGGGCUAAUAAGCAGUUAUAGAGUAACAAGAAAUGAGGAAGGUGACAAAUUAUACACUGUUGAUUUUGAUGCCUCUAGAAACAAAGCACAUUGCAGCUGUUCCAUGUUUGAAUCUUCUGGUAUAUUGUGUAGACAUGCUCUAAGAGUUUUUAUAGUCAAUGGUGUUCGUGCAUUGGCUAACCAUUACAUCUUAAAGAGGUGGACGAAGCAUGCCAAGAGCAGUUCUUUCUUGGAUGAUCACGGUGUUGAACUUAGAGCAAACACGGAGGACCCUUCUAUAACACGGUAUAACGAUUUAUCCCGUGAUGCCAUGAGAUGUGCGAGAGAGGGUGCGACAUCUGCUGAAUUUUAUACUGUUGCAAAGGAUGCUCUUCAGAAGGCUGUAAAUGAGAUUGUGUCUGUGAAGCAAAAGCGUGGCCAUCAAACUAUGCAUAGUUUUGUCUCGUCACAGAAAAAACCAACAAAGAAGGUUGGAAAGAUCACCGCCAACAAAGACGCCACCAAUAAGAACCUGAAGAAAACACCCUCUUUGGUAAAACUAACGACAGAUAUCGACAUCCGAUGAUUCCAUAAGAGGAGCAAGUUCAUAAUUUUCACAUUUUAUGGGCAUAAUCAGCAUAGUCAUAGGUAGUAAUUACCUCUUCUCAUCUUUGAGGCUGCAGAAGGCGAGAAGAUGAGCUUUUGUGUAUCAUUUGCAUUGUAAAUGUCCUUAUAUAGCUCUUUGUUUUGUACCACCUUUGCUACUGAAAAUCAUUUAAGGUAUGUUGCAGAUGUUUUAUGAUUAGAAUGACCUGGAUAGUGAAACUAUAUGUUUGUGGGUUGUUUUAUGAAGUUGCCAGCUAAUCUUUGAUCUA